UUGAUGCUAAGCGUGGGGCAUGAAUUAACGAAGUGUCCUCCCCCCUCCCGGUUGAAGAAGAGGCUGGACUAAUUGGGUGCACCUUAGAGAUUCCUCGCAGGUGUGCCCUAAGUCCCCUUGGUAGGUCCCAGAUGCUGCUGAAAAAUAACUUUCUGACUCCAGUCUAUUUCCUUAGCACCUGUAAAACUGCCUCCCCACCUGACAUUGCUUGCUUUUGGCUUUUAAAUUGACAUGUCUAAUGCAUGUGCAGUGGGGAAGGGGUAGCUUGGGAAAGGGGAGUCAGUUAAGAUAAAAUCCCCUAAUUUGGUUUAUUCAGAGUCUUUUUAUGCUAUCACUUUUCAUGUAUAUAAAGCAAUACAAAGCAACAUUACAGUGCUUAUAGAAAAAACAACUGAUGAUGUAUUUUGAUUUGCUGAUUAAUUUGAAAGUCACUACAGCUAACUUGAUUUACGAGCACAAUUAGGACCAGAAUUUCCAUUGCUAAGCAAGGCAAUUAAGUGUUAAGUGACUCACACCCAAUUCCAUGACCCUUUUUUUUUGCCAUAGUUGUUAAGCAAAUCACUACCUAUUGUUAAGUAAAUCUGCAGUCAGUAAGUGAAUCCGGCUUCCCACAUUGACUUUGCUUGUUAGAAGCCAGCUGGAAAGAUUGCAAGUUGUAAUCAAUAACCUCUGGAUACUGCAACCAUCAUAAAAACAUACUGGUUACCAAGUACCUAAAUUUUGAUCAUGUGACCGUGCAGGUGCUGUGACAGUUGUAAGUGUGAGGACUGAUCACACUUUUUUCAAUGCUGUUGUAACUUCAAAUAGUCACUAAAUGAAUGGUUGUAAUCAAGGACUACUUGUAAGGCAACUAAAUCUGUAUCCAUUGGUGGAUGAUGAUUUAAAUUGUGAAGGCAUUACCAAUAUAGCACAUAGCAAAUAAGUGGACUUGAAUAUUACUGAGCCAAAACCUAUGAAGUUGGGACAGAGCAUAAAGUGUGAAUGUAGCUUAGAACCAUCACAACAUUCCUGAGGUAACAAAAUUCAGGGGCUUGAUAACUGGCAUGUAUUUACAACUAUUAUAGCAUCCUGAAGUCAUGUGAUCACCAUUUCUGACUUUCACAACUACUUCUGGCAAGCAAAGUCAAUGGGAGAAGCCGUAUUCGCUUAAGGAUCAUGUGAUUCAUCUAACAACUGCAAUGAUUUGCUUAACAACAACUGGCAAAAAAAAAUGUAAAACUCACUUAACAACUGCCUUGCUUAGCAGAGGAAAUUUUGGACCGAAUUGUGGUCUUAAGUCAGGGAUUAACUGUUUCAAUGAUUCUGAUCUCUCUGGGUCCAUCUGUCACCACCUGUUUUGUUGGAAUAAUUGAGACAACUUGUUGAAUGUUGCUAUGGGUUCUUGAAGAGGAGAUUCUAAAAUGUGUUUUACUUCUCAGUCACCUGAGAAGGAUUUGUAUCUAGAAAGAUUGGAUUUAAAUAACUGAAAUUCAUAAAUACGCACUGUAUUGGGGUGAUAAGUGUUGACAGAUGUGGGCAGAUGGACUGGCUUCCUAGAGAUGUUUCUGGUUCCUGGAAUAAAAUCAGAAAAGGUGCCUCUUUAUUGCAAUAAUUAAAAAUAAAAUCAGUUUCACCCUCCUUGAGUUUCUCUGCAUGAAAUAACUUGGCCAGGAGCCAGUUCUAGAUAUGUGAGAUCUCUGCAAUAGGCACAGAUCUUUUUUUGUUAAAUUCUGUAUUAGAAAGAGUAGAGAUUCAAUAAUAUAUCGCAGAUCAAUUCCCCAUGUUGGCUGGGGAAUUCUUGGAGUUGAAGUCCACAAGUCUUAAAGUUGCCAAGGUUGGAAACCCCUGGUUUAGAAUAACCUUUUCCAACUUGCUUUUCUCUAGAGCCACUCCCAUAAUUAUGGUAGCUGAAUACAAACCCAUCUUGAGUGCAUCAGACUGGGAAAGUUUAGUUUAUAGGGUUCCAUUUAUUUUUGGCAAAGAAGAGGAAGGGUGUGGUUAUAAGAUACUGAUGAGUGACAAGUUAUUUGAUGAGAAGAAAGACAGUUGAUCAGUUAUUAAUUGGUUUGGAUUAAAGGGCUAAAUAAAAAUUAAUGCUCAACCUGAUAGUAUAAGGCACAGGGUUUUGUUCUGUUUUUAAAGGAAAUCAUUUUUCUCCGGGGACUUCAGUCUCAAAGAACGGUAAGCAACAUGCAUUACUGUGAAUGAUGCAAAAUUGGCCUCUGAUUGAGACUAUGAGGACUAUAUAAACAUAGCAAAAUGGGUAGGUAAUUGUUGGCAUUACAUUGUUCUAUCCUUAGGGCAAACAAAUGAAACUUUAAGCCAACCUCCAGGCAUUCGGUUUAUUUAAAAUUUUGGCAGUUUUUACAAUAUUUAAAAAUUUAAUAAAUAAAUAAAUAAAUAAAUUAAUUAAUUAAUUAAAUAAAUAAAUUAAUAAUAAUAAUAAUAAUAAUAAUAAUAAUAAUAAUAAUAAUAAUAAUAAUAAUAUUGACAAAGAAACAAUUAUUCUACCAAUGAGGUGAUUUCAGAAUACGGUGGCUGUGUUUUUGUAUUUUUGGUGUUUGGUUGCUUUUCUGCAGGCUGUUUUCUGUUCCUGGGCCAGGAGAGACCAUGAGUUCUACUCCCACCUUAGCCAUGAAAGCCAGCUGGAUGACUUUGGCCCUGCCUUGGCCCAACCCACCUCACAGGGUGGUUGUGAGGAAAAUAGGAGGAGAAAAGUGUAAAAAUACUUGCAGAAUAAUUAUAUAUAUAAUCUAUAUAUAUAUAAGUGAAAAACACUCAUGCAGCAUCAUGAAAUCUCCAGAACCGUAAACUGAAGCCUACAAAAUUGAAAUUUGGCAUGUGUUUGAAGUUAUUCCCAGGAAGCAAGGAGCUGUGUGAAGAAUAUUAGAUCCCCAACUAUUACACUGACUGAGGUUGGAAAUACUCAUCUCACUCGGGGAGAGAGGACGAUGAAUGAAAGUAAUCAACACCAGCGAGCAGGUGUAGGUAGGGGUUGCUGUGGAGUUGGACCAAAGCAAGUGAAAGAGAACAAUGAAACUUGUGAACUAGCCUCACCUUUGGACGAGCCAUGCCAAAUGGAGUCCCGGACACAAACUCAGCAACAGUUAUACUAUGGUCUGAGCACCCUGGAAAAUUUUGAUGAGAGGCCAGCUCCUUCAUUGACUCUGGUGACCAAUAUGAAGACCCAGUUACAUAUGGCAUUGGAAAGGAACUCUUGGCUGCAGAAGAGAAUUGAAGAUCUGGAAGAAGAACGAGAUUUUUUGCGCUGCCAGCUAGACAAAUUCAUCUCUUCAGCCCGCCUGGAUGCUGAUGAUCACUGCUGCAACAAACAACUGCCCCGGAGAUCGGAAAUAUUGGAGGGCCGAAAUGGGGAUAUGACGGAUGAUGACAGCAUGGGCUCCUGGAUGGCUACCAGUCCUGAAGAAGGAGGUUCUGUGGAACACAAGAAACUCAAGGCAGGGUUGAACCGACGACACUUUGCCAAACCUAAAAUCCGGGAGAGGCAGAGAGUCAAGGAUGUGGAUGGAGUCCUCUGCCGGUAUAAGAAGAUCCUGUACACUUUUCAGAAGAUGCAAAGCAUGAGUCGGGCCUUUGAACACCAUCGGGUGGACCGUAAUACUGUGGCCUUGACCACCCCCAUAGCAGAGCUCCUUAUUGUUGCUCCUGAAAAAUUGGCUGAAGUGGGUGAGUUUGACCCAUCUAAGGAGCGUCUGCUUGAAUAUUCCCGACGAUGUUUCAUGGCACUAGAUGAUGAGACACUCAAGAAAGUCCAGGCCCUCAAAAAAAGCAAGCUUCUAUUGCCCAUCACUUAUCGCUUCAAGACGAAAACGGACUCUCCUGGCUCAGCUGCUGGCAACUCUAUCCCUUCUCCUGCACCACCCAAGCCACUUCUGCCAAUCGCUGAAUGCUACAAGCGAUGAAUCCUCUCCUGGAGCUACUAAUAGAACCUAUUUUGCCAGUCCUUUGAGCUCUCUUUCUCUGUACCUCCUGCCCACUCCAUUACUCACCAAACUCUCAGUGUUUCCUUGAGUUUUCUACCAUGAUGCACAACAACCUCCCACCUUUUCCUAGGUUUAAAUACUGAAUGAAUCCACCGUUUCACAGGAAGGGCCAGUGUAUCUUUAUAAAAAGGAUGUGGGAGUGGCUUCCUAGGAUUAUUACUCGACUAUAGAUCUGCCCAUCUAUGCUUCCCUCUUUAAAGGCUUCCCCACAGCUAUAGAUUUGUUUUCAUUCUCCCUCCUUCCACCUGGGAGUUUGGCCAGAGGAGAAACAAUGGCAAAGGAGGAGUUGGCAGCCAUAAUAUGUCCCAUCCCACAAUCAAUAACAUCAUGGAUAGAUUGGUUGUAAUUGUUGCACAGGUAACUUGAAACAGCUAACAUGUUAGCAUUAGCACUUAGACUUAUAUACUGCUUCAGUGCUUUGCAGCCCUCUCUAAGCGGUGUACAGAGUCAACAUAUUGCCCCCAAUAAUUUUACUCAUUUUACCCACCUCGGAAGGAUGAAAGGCUGAGUCAACCUUGAGUCUGGUGAGAUUCAAACUGCCAAAUUGCAGGCAGCCGGCAGGCAGCAAAAGUAGCCUGCAGUACUACAUUCUAACCAUUGCACCACUGUGGCUCUGUUAGUUUAUUAACUGAUGGCAAUUAUAGCCUUGCACAUAAAAUAUAAAGCCACAUUUUUAAAAAUAAACUUCUGUCAUUUAAGGUAUGUCAAACAAAUGAUAUAAAAAGAAGGUAAAAGUUUGCAAAAAUAUCUCUUAUCAGCCAGCAGUAUGUUCCCAACUUUGCUGAUUAGACUGAUUUGGUCUUACCUUAAAGGCAACCACGUAAUAAUUAAUAGUAUGUUAAAUAACAGUAACCUGAGGGAGAGGAGUUGCCUCAGCGAAAGCCAAAUCACUAUAACCGACAGAAGUUAUCCAUUUCUAAAGUGGAAGAUAAAGUUGCAUGAUGCACUUCUGUAGUUUUACCUCUCCUUGCUUUAAAACCUUUUCUGUGUUUUCUGAGCUGUUAGGAGGUGCAACUGGUAUUGUAUCAAUUCCCUUUUUUGCUGCUGUUGUGGUUACCUUUAUUCCAUUUUCUCUACAGUGUUGCUAUGAUUGGAAGAAUUGCAGAAUUGAGCUUCCUCUGCUUUCCUAUUGUCUCCCAAAGAUAUUCUCACAUCCUGAGCCUCUACCACAUUUUUUACCUCAUAGUUUUGGAAGGUAUUGCUUAAACUUUUUCCCUAGCUAUUGUCCUAUUCCAAGCUCACAACUGGUUUUUUUCUGCUGGCAAUUUUAUAUUUUUUUUGCUUCUCUCAGUAUGUUAAAGAGGAAGUGUAUUUGAAUGUAAGGACUUGAAUUAUAUGUUGCAUUCCUUGAAGAUGCUUCCUUUUUAUUCAGUGUAAUUAGAAAACUGUUCCCACUGUGCCUGUAAUUUCUUUCUCUCCAAUGCUUUUUCUGUGUUAAAAAAAUUAAAAAGAAAAUAUUAAGCAUUUUAUUAAAACACAAUUUAAAUUAAAGAGAACAUUUUG